GUAGCUGCGGCCAGUUCUCUCAGAGAAAUUAUUUACCUCAAAGAUUCAGAGCACGGAGCCUGGAAGCCUUGGCCCACCCGACUCCUUGCCGCUGCACUGCAUGGGCAUCUUCUGAGGGGAGAGGCUCUCUUAGCAGAUCCCCAAUGACCUGACUCAGCAGCUUAACCAAUGCAGUGGCAUUUCAAAAGCCAGAUAAAAGCCGAAUGAGGCGGCUGGGGAAAUUGUCCAACGUAGCUGUUCUGAAAACCACCCUCCAUUUCAUUCUGGAGCAGGGAAGUUACACCCAGACAUCACAAAAGCUUCUCUCCUCACAGAAAAUUAACUGAGCUUAACAGAUUGUGCAAAUCAGAACAUAAACCUCUGGGUGGAACAUCAAGUCAACUGUUAUAUUUGUUCAUUCUGCAAGAUCAUGGAAGAUCUAGAGGAGACACUAUUUGAAGACUUUGAGAACUACUCCUACGCCCUGGAGUAUUACUCCCCAGAGACCGAUUCAGAGGAGAAAGCACAGCUGGGAGCCAUUCACUGGGUCUCCUUGGUGCUGUGUUGUUUGGCAUUUGUCCUGGGCAUCCCAGGAAAUGCCACCGUCAUUUGGUUCACGGGAUUCAAGUGGAAGAAGACAGUCACCACUCUCUGGUUCCUCAAUCUAGCCAUCGCGGAUUUCAUUUUUCUUCUCUUCCUGCCUCUGUACAUCUCCUAUGUGGCCAUGAAUUUUCACUGGCCCUUCGGCAUCUGGCUGUGCAAGGCCAAUUCCUUCAUUGCCCAGUUGAACAUGUUUGCCAGUGUCUUCUUCCUGAUGGUGAUAAGCCUGGACCGCUAUAUCUACUUGAUCCACCCUGUCUUAUCUCACCGGUACCGAACCCUCAGGAACUCUCUGAUUGUUAUUAUAGUUGUUUGGCUUUUGGCUUCACUAGUUGGUGGGCCAGCUCUGUACUUCCGGGACACUCUGGAGUUGAAUAACCACACUCUUUGCUAUAAUAACUUCCACGAGCAUGAUGUGGACCUCAGGUUGAUGAGGCAUCAUGUUCUGACCUGGGUGAAAGUUAUUGUUGGGUACCUCCUCCCUCUGCUAACAAUGAGCAUUUGCUACUUGUGCCUCAUCUUCAAGGUGAAGAAGCGAAGCAUCCUGAUCUCCAAUAAGCACUUCUGGACCAUCCUGGCUGUGGUCAUGGCCUUUCUGAUUUGCUGGACUCCUUAUCACCUGUUUAGCAUUUGGGAACUCACGAUUCACCACAAUAGCUAUUUCUACCAAAUGCUACAGGCUGGCAUCCCCCUUUCCACCGGCCUGGCAUUCCUCAAUAGUUGCUUGAACCCCAUCCUUUACGUCCUGAUUAGUAAGAAGUUCCAAGCGCGCUUCCGGGCCUCAGUGGCUGAGAUACUAAAAUACACGCUGUGGGAGAUGAGCUGUUCAGGCACCGUGAGUGAACAGCUCAGGAACUCUGAAACCAAGAACCUGAGUCUCCUGGAAACAGCCCAGUGAAUUCUUGCCCUCCCACCCAUCACCACACAACCUUUGUGUGGUUCCCCUGACAUGCUUUCAGAUUAUUUGCUUCCAAGACAUACAGCUGAUUGUAUCUUUUUAUUUUUAUUUUUUUGGUAAUUUUAUUGGCAUCCUAUUUUUCUUUAGAUAUAAAACAUAAUAAGGAUCUUCAUUUUUCUUUUCAGCAACUUAAAUUAUCUUAUUCUUGCUAAUUAUACCAUAGUGGAUUAGCCAACACUACUUUUCUAAUUUUAAUGACUUUUUAAAACUUCUAGAUUUUAAUAUUAAAUGUAUGAUUGAUUUCAAAAAUAUAAAAGUAGGUGUGCUUAAGCUCACUUUAAUUCUGCACAGGUAACCUAUUAGACUUAGUCUUAAAAUGCAACAUAUGUACUUAAUUUCUUUAUUUCAUGUAAUUUGUGUACGUGCCUUUAUGAAUUAAAGUGAUAAUUGAUUAUAGUAGGUUUUGUUCCAGUUAACUAUGAAUGCUUGGUAAACUGCCCCCAACAUCUUGAAAAUAACUAUUAUUGUUAUCUCUCACGAUUCUGAGAAUGAGGAAUUUAAACAAGACACAGAGGGGAGGUUUGUCUCUCUGUUUCACAGUAUCAGGGGCCUCAGCUGGAUGGGCCGAGCAGCUCUCUUCCCUUCCACCCUCUCCUCUCCUCUCCUCUCCUUCCUCUUCCCCUCUUCUCCUCCCUUCGUUUCUUGUAUCUUCUCCUCUCCUUUCUUCACAUGGGUAUUCCAGCAUGGCACCUCAGGGAAGCCAGACUUAGGGUAAUACAGGGCUCUAAGAGACCAGGGUGGAAACUUCCAUUUCUCUUAACGGUUAUGACAGACACUGCACCCUUCCACUGUACUCUGUUAAUCAAAGCAGCACUGGCCAGGUCAGAUUCAAGGAGAGGGGACAUAGACCCCAUCUCUCAAUUGGGAUAUAUGCCCAAUUAAACCCCUACACUAAUAUUAUAAAUACAAACGUUUAUAUAAAGGUUUCUGGAAAGUUCUAGAUAUGUGCAAAUAUGUAAAAGAUUGCUAUAAACAUGAACCACUGACAUCCAGAUAAAAGGUAGGCCAACCCAAUAUCAGAAAGAUUUCAGGAAAAGGAAGCAUGUAUGAUAUUUCCACUUUCUAUUUCUAUAUUUAUAUAGACAACAGUGUAAGACCAAUAAAGCAUACCUUCAAGUCAGUGACCUUUUCAUGAUGCAAAUCUGCUGCAUUUAAGACUAUAAUAGUAUUUUGACUUCUAUUCAUUUAUCCCUUUAGCAAAUAGAUGACUAAGAGUUAUAUAAAACUUCAGUAGAUAGAUAUUUUGAAGGAUGUCAAGAGGUGUCCCUAGUGGUAAAGAACCUGCCUGCCAAUACAGGAGAUGUAAGAGAUGUGGGUUUGACCCCUGGGUUGCAAAGAUCCCCUGGAGGAGGGCAUGGCAACCCACUCCAGUAUUCUUGCCUGGAGAAUCCCAUGGACAGAGGAGCCUGGCGGGCUACAGUACAUGGGGUCGCAAAGAGUUGGACAUGACUGAAGCAACUUAGCACGCACACAAGAUGAAUAAGGUACUUAUAGAGAGUGAGAGUAAACUUGGAUAACAACAAUCCUAAAGCAAGAUAGACAGAAGUAAAUACUAUUCAGUUCAGUUCAGUCGCUCAGUCGUGUCUGACUCUUUGCGACCCUAUGAACUGCAGCACGCCAGGCCUCCCUGUCCAUCACCAACUCCUAGAGUUCACCCAAACUCAUGUCAAUUGAGUUGGUGAUGCCAUCCAACCAUCUCAUCCUCUAUCAUCACCUUCUCCUCCUGCCCUGUAUCUUUCCCAGCAGCAGGGUCUUUUCAAAUGAGUCAGCUCUUCACAUCAGGUGGUCAGAGUAUUGGAGUUUCAGCUUCAGCAUCAGUCCUUCCAAUGAACACCCAGGACUGAUCUCCUUUAGGAUGGACUGGUUGGAUCUCCUUGCAGUCCAAGGGAUUCUCAAGAGUCUUCU